AUGGCCGCCGUCAAGUCGCUCGGCGUCCAUACUCCAACGGCACUGCCUCGACUGAUCGCUGAAGGCGUUAUACCAGACGAUGCACCUGCAAAGUCGUACGAAUGGGAGACAUAUACAUCCCAGACGGCAGAAGGUGUCAUCGAAGAAGAAGUCUUUUAUACCAAAACCCUGGUAGUAUGGUCUCAAGGGCAUUUCAGCAGAAAUGUCUAUCGCUUCGAUCACGAAAAUGAAGACGUCGUCCAGGCCUUGUUGACGACGUUCCCGGCAGUGCCAAAAGUCGUAUCGGCUCGCAUACGUCGUGGAACUAUCGCCUCAAACGCGAACGAAGCGCUGCUGUCGUCAAGGCCGCCUCGGGACUCGCUAGAUCAGGCUGCUCAAGAUCCGCACGACAGUGGCGAAGCAGCUCGAGCGUUGGUGGUGAUCCUGAAGACCAAGGCUUGCAUGUACUUUUUGCAAGGAGGCAGUCACAUCACAGAUCUACCAUUCGAGAUUGCUCGGGCAUUUCCUGCUCCUCAUGGACUUCUCUUGCAGCGUAAAAAUUCCUGUUCGGUAUCCCUCAAUACCUCGAUCCAACUCCCGUCUGUUCCGCAUAACUCAUUCAUGCCGCUCCCACGAGCGUCUCUGUCAUACCUUCAAUCACCGACGUUGUUGAAAAGUUUCGCGAAUGUGCUACCUGGACGAUCGAGUCCGUUGGGUGGUAGCAACAAGCUUGAAAGCUUGUUCCAGGAUGUGAUGCUACCAAAACCCAAAUUAGUGGAUGACGAUAUCGCCAACAUAUAUUCGUUGAGUGGCCCGCUUGAAGAUUUCGGCGUUGUGACUUCUAGUACCGAAUGUUCUCCGCCCCGCGCACACGAGAAAUCGUUGAUGAGACCUAACAUACAGUUUGACCCUUUGGACUCUGCCGAAUCCAUCAUUUAUAUCACUCCGGGAAAUGAAAUUUCCUCGUGGUCGAGGUCUAAUUCACACCCGCUGAUACUACUUGUCACGCGCAACUCUGAUACUGGCUGGACAACAGUAUGGCACGCCUGGUACCUCGAAAGUCAGUCUUUACGGUGUCUUCUGGAGCAUCGCGCCGAACAAAAGGCAGCAAAAGCACGACGGAGGAGUUCGUUCAUGUCAGCAGGCAUCGUCACAGGCGCCGCUACACCCGCUGUCAGAAAUCGCGAUGGAGGCCGUGAAAGUUACGUUCCCCCAGGAACUCUGCGAGUCCCGACAGAAUCUCAAGUCGCUCCUGUAUCGGCCUCCACGCGGAAAAAACCAACGAAACAGGAGGAAGAGCAGGCAAUGGCGUCGCAAAUGGACCCGGACUUCCGCCAGAUACCACCGCAACAAUCCUUACGACAGAGCCGACGAAUAAGCUCGAUGAAUGCUGACGUUCGUGCAUCUCAACCAACCGUGAAUGCCACAUUCGGCGGCCCCGCCAGUCGGCGUGCUACAUCAUUCGGCGGCCAUAUGGAGCGUAGAUCUUUGGGACAUCGCAAAAGUCGUGGAUCUACGCCUGGUGCCGGCCUGACCCAAAGUACUCACAUUGAUGAACAGUCCGUGGACCUUGAUAUAGAGCAAUCAGACCAGACUGUGGACCAAAUACUUCGUAGAAUUCGAUCAACGCAUGAGUCGGCUGGAAUGGACAGCGUCUUUGGAAGUGCCGAGGACGAUUUCAAGCAGGAUCUCGUCGUGCGCAGACUAUUCACCCUUCUGCCUCCAGAGCAAAGCACCUAUGCCGACGUAAACCCUCCUGGAGGUGUCGCCGCACAAGUGGCGACUCUCGUUGGACCUCAGCCUCUCUCGUCCACUAACGAUGGAUCCUUGAGCAUAUUGAUCCAAGAACGCGCUGACAAAGAUGCCAGACGCAUAAAUUUGCGACUUGUUACAAAACCCCUUUGGCCCCAGUCUACUAAGUCGCCUCUGGUCACAAUUCCUUUUGUGAACGACAGGCAGAGCACAAGGCUGCACUGCAACGACAUGCUCAAGAUAUACGAUGGUCUGCACCAAUUUCUCACUUUCGAUCCCCCAGGACUACUGUUCGCGCCGAACGAUGAUCCAAUCCCGUUGUCGACUCCGUCAGCACCAUAUCGCAUGUAUAGUAAAAGUGAAGUCCUUCCGUCUUCCCAAACAGUAGACAAGGAUGUCGGAAAGAAUCGCAUUUUGCCAUCACCCAAUGGUCCUCUGGUGCUAAAGCAGAGCGGUGCGAAAGCUGCAUAUGAUGAGGCAUCAAGUGACGGCAUACAGCAUCGACGAAAAUUCAAGCUCACACCUGACAGCCCCUUAGUAGAAUCGGCCAUCUUAGCCUGCGAGCUGAUCCUUCCUACUUCGUCUCGUACAAGCAUGAGGAAACUCUGGUGCGCUGCGUACGCCGCUCUCGACAGCUAUGCGACUUGGCUUUCACGAACUUCUUCGGACCUGGAGUUCGUUGCUUUGGCUGGUGUUCUCCAGGGAAUCGCUAUCCUCGGCCUCGAUAAGAAGUCACGUGCAUCUCUUGACCUCAUAUGUCGGAAGGCCCAUGACGCUGGAUCCGGAAUUCGAUCACCAUCAGAUUUGUUCAAGUCCGAGCACGAAAAGUUGCGAUUUCGAUCGCGGCUAUGGCUCGAUCUGGAGCCCAUUCGCGAGCUGGGUCGAAAGAACCCCGAGCAGAAAGAUAUCCUUCCACUCCUUGCCUCCAUGAUUGGGAUCGACCUCGUGUCAAACAAUACAAUAGCAUUGACUAUCUGCUUCCCCGUGGGCGGGAGUCAGCACCUGAUACGUGGUUGUCUUACGAAUAUCAUGGCAUGUCUUCACAUUCUGCGUGAGGAACACAAGCUCAACACCCUCUGCGAGAAUCAAGCAUCGCUUGGUGCACUGGCAGCGGUCAUCGUUCAGCUUGGAACCUGGCUGGGCCAUGAUCAUUGGAGUUGUCAACCGGGUAGCUUUUUCAUGCUCGAAGGAAUUGACGAGAACCGAUGGGAGCUGGUGCAUCUGCUGGGCCGAUCAACCAAGGUUGCCCCAACGAGUAUAGAGCCCCCUCCAAGCAUCUAUCAUUGGUUUGAGACUGUCAUCGAGAGGAAGAACACGGCGCCAUUUACUUCGUUCACAGAUAUCAUGUCCAUCGAUGUUCACUUGCCAGCCGAUGAUCCAAUACUGCGAGAGUACAUUUCAAGAAUCACGCCGCGUACUGUGAUCAUUUCAAAGAUAGUAGGGCUCACGAGGGGCCUUGCAGCAGACCCCGUAACGACUGUGGAAUUGAUGGCCCAGUCCAACCUGACCCUUGACUUGCUAGACUCGUUGCCUGGAUCGAUAGCAGCACCCUUCAAGGCAGCCUUGGCUCAUUGCGAAAAGCAGCCCCCGACUACGUGGAACACCAGACUGCUGCAGCUGGUUGGCCGACAAGAUCUCGUGCUUUUGACCAGUGGCAGUGCUGCUAGCUCACAGAAACCACUUCAGACCCCGAUCCAUUCGACUCGAGAUGUGCAUGCCAUAUGCCAAGUGACUGAAAGCACUCCUGCUGUCACCAAAACUAGAGAGGCUGGGCGCCAUGCCGUCUCGCAGCUGGUUUUCAGUGAAGACCGGAGACUCGUCGAAGCCAUUGGGCUCAUGCACUUCAACAGCACACAAGUCGUUGAGUGUCCAAAACAGCCAGAAUGGGAUGACGCUAUGCAUUUAGAUCACCAACGUCGCUUAAUGACUCAUGUCACUACACGAAUGAUUGCACUGCCUUGCGGAGAUGGCAUGAUCCACUUUGACAGCCAGACCCCACUGCUGACCGAGCGCUAUCAUUUGCCUGGCUUCAAUUCCUCCUGUCUCAUAUAUCCUAUGGGCCACACUUUGACGACCGACCGGUCUGGACUGACCGAGGAAAAGGUAAACUGGGCCUACUUCCACGCUGGCGUGGCUGCUGGCCUCAGGAUCUCGCACAACGCCAUUGGUAUUGAUACUUCGUGGGUCGCCUUCAAUAAACCAAAUGAGCUGACCAAUCGUCAUGCCGGCCUCCUCCUCGCGUUGGGUUUGAGCGGUCACCUUCGACAAUUAGCCAAGUGGCUGUCAUUCCGUUACUUGACUCCGAAACAUACUAUGACCUCGGUAGGACUUCUGCUUGGUCUUUCCGCCUCUCACAUCGGGACUAUGGAAAGUCUGGUUACUCGUAUGCUGUCUGUGCACAUAACGCGCAUGCUACCUUCUGGGGCAUCUGAGCUCAAUGUUUCUCCCAUAACACAAACGGCAGGUCUAAUGGGGAUCGGAUUGCUCUACCACAAUACGCAACAUCGGCGGAUGAGCGAAAUAAUGCUUUCGGAGAUUGAGUUCCUGGAAGUUGAGGAUCCCGACAGCGGUCCAGACAUGCUGCGGGACGAAUCGUACAGGUUGGCUGCGGGCUUCGCGUUAGGUUUGAUCAAUAUUGGGAGAGGCAGUGACCUACGUGGUCUUCAUGGAAUGCGCAUGCCCGAGAGAUUGCUUGCUAUCGCUGUUGGACCCAGACCUGUUAACGCGGUCCAUGUUUUCGACCGUGCUACUGCAGGGGCGGUUAUGGCACUUGCUCUCCUUUUUAUGAAGACCGGGGACAAAGCCGUUGCUAGCAAGAUUGACAUACCCGACACUGAAGCACAAUUCGACCACAUAAGACCAGACAUCCUGCUGCUGCGCGCCAUGACCAAACAUAUCAUUCUCUGGGACAGCAUUGCCGUUGGAGAAGACUCCAAUUCGUCUGAUCGAUCUGACUGGAUAAGUCGCAAUUGUCCAGCUUGCUACAAGAAGAAGCCAUUGGAUCAAGCGAUUCUCGAGAUGCUGAGAAAGCGAGCAAUCGACAGUAGCCAGAUUCCACUCUUCAACAUCCAUACAGGUCUCGCUUGGGCGUUGAGUUUGAAGUACGCUGGCACAGGCAACACCAGAGCGCGAGACGAAAUCCUAUCCCUCCUCGAUGCCUUCCACAGUCUCAAUGAAGGCAUCGAAGCGUUCUACUUUGACGGCAAGCUUGGUCGUGCGUCGCUACGCCGAUGCAUGGAUGUGUUGGCGCUCUCAGCAGCCGCGGUCAUGGCUGGUACAGGGGAUUUGAUGACAUUCCGAUACUUGCGUCGCAUGCACGGCCGUGUAAAUGCUGAUACGCCAUACGGCUCCCAUCUUGCUGCUCACAUGGCCAUCGGCGUACUAUUCCUGGGUGGCGGCACAUUUACAUUUGGUACCUCUGACUUGGCUGUGGCCAUGUUAAUGUGUGCCUUCUACCCUCUCUUUCCCACGGAUGUGCACGACAAUCGCGUCCACCUGCAGGCCUUCCGACAUUUCUGGGUUCUUGCUGCCGAAGCGCGAUGCAUCGUUGCGGAAGACAUCGAUACUCGAAGACCGAUCCACAUGCCGAUCCGGAUUACCGGUCGAGACGGUUCCACAAAGAUCCAUCGCUCCCCAUGCCUGCUGCCCGAUCUUCAAACAAUAUCUGUCAUAGAGACUGCAGAUCCCACAUACUGGCGUAUACGCCUUGAUUUUGCUGAUAAUCCCGAACACUUGGCAUCCUUCCGCCGCGACCAACGCAUCCUUGUACGGAGAUGCCCGGUUGCAGAAGCACAUUCGUCAAUAUUCAGUGCAACACUGGCCUCCCUGUCUGAGACGCAAGCCAACCAGACAGUAGGACAAAUCUGGCAUUCCAUUUUCAGGCUUUCAGCUUUUAAGAUUCUAGACGAAGCAGAAACAGAACUCAUCCUGCCUUCGGAUGUACACAGCGAUCGAUACGAUGAUGUUCGAAGCACAGCUAUUGACGAGCGACUCGUGCUGCAGAAGGCCACAGAAAGCAGUCGGCAAGAUGCAUUGUGGAAUCUACGGGUGAUUUUCGCCUGGGCGGAACGGGCGAGAGAUGAGGGUAAUGGCAAAUUCGCAUGGCUGGGACGGGAAGUCGUUGAAGCUCUGCGGUCGAAGAUCGAGGAUCGUGUGGCAUCUGUUGCGGCCAACCAGAACGAGGCAUCGCCAUAA